UAGUCAUUCCCUCGGCUCUCCCUCAGUCCGCCUCUCGUCUCUGCAGCAGCAGCUUGGACCAGGCACCUUCUGGACAGGAUCCCGCAGCAUGGCUUUGAGUGGUUUUGUUCUCGCAGGACUUUACAUCCUCGUCCUCGCCAGUCAAUCGUUGGCGACAAUAGAGAUAAACAUGGAGGAUCGUGUGGAAGUCUUACUAGGAAAGCAGGUUGAGAUCUCCUGCCAGUAUAAGAUGGACAGCGACCCCAGCACAGUAAUCAUCCAGUGGUAUACAAAACCAGCUGGCUCCAACAGUCAAAGGCAACGCAUCUUCUAUAAGGACAACACAGGGGCGAUACUGGACCAGGACUCGUCCCUGGCGGGCCGGGUAACGGUGCACGACAGCAUCCCUGGAUCUGUGGUUGUGAUCGUGGAGCCGGUCCAGUUGGAGGACGAGCUGCUCUUCAUCUGCCACGUGAACACGGCCACCGAGGACGGCAAGGAGGGCAUGACGCAGCUCAGAGUCUUCAGUAAACCAGAAGUUCCCAAAAUUGAAGGAGUGCACACCGGGAUAUCUGUCAACGAAAAGGAUCCAACCCAGAUUGCCACCUGUCACGUCAAGAAUGGCUACCCCCUGCCCAAUAUCACCUGGUACAGAGACCACACCCCGCUGUACAUGAAGGAAGGAGUGCUUGGAGUGACCAACCAGGUGACGAGGGACACCAACAACCUGUACACAGUGAUAAGUGUCCUUCAUAUGAAAGUGAAGAAGGAGGACAAGGAUGUGUUCUUCUACUGCGAGUCUUCAUACUUUGUGCCUGAGGGGACAAGGAUGACCGAGUCCGACCGCAUCAAAAUCAACGUGCACUACCCGUCAACGUCUGUGGAGUUAAGACAGGUGCUUCCAGAAGGUUUAGUGAAGGAGGGGGACACCGUGGAAAUCAGAUGCUUUGCUGACGGAAACCCAACACCACCAUUGACCUUCAAACAUAAUGGAGAGGACCUGAAUGAGCAGUUGCUGACUGAUGACCAGCAGGGGGUGGUGUUGCGAUACGCAACACGAAGUGAUGGGGGCAUGUACACUUGCACUGCCCUGGACCUGGAGACUCUGGAGGAGCUGGAAAACGACAUGGAGCUGAGUGUGCACUACCUGGAUGAGACUGUGGUGGUUCCAAAGUCACCAGUGGUGCUGUCCCAGGGCUCCUCCCUGCAGGCCACCUGCAAUGCCCUCUCUUCUCUGGACACAUAUACGGUCUGGUUCAAGGAUGGUCAGUAUGUCUCUGAUGGCCACACAUUGAAGAUUUUUAAUGCUUCUAUGGACACAUUUGGAACAUACCAGUGUUUAGUGACCGCUCCUAAGCUGCCUGGCCUGCAGUCACAGAGUUUUCUAGAGGUGUUUGUGCAGGGUCAGCCACAGAUCACAGACGUCAGGGAGGAGGACCUGCAGGAUGGUGAGAACUCUGUGAACAUCACCUGUGUGGUGCAGGGCUACCCCACACCCUCAAUCACCUGGGACUUACCUGACCAGGAGCAGGACCUGAAUGGACUGUCCAGUAGCAUGGAGAUCCCUGGUGGUGGUGGUGCCAUCAGCACCCUGACAGUGAAGGCCACAUCCAAGCUGUCAGUGGUCUGUGAAGCAGUGAAUGAGUUUGGAAAAGACAGCCGAGUCCACAAGAUUGAGUCCAUUGAACCUGAAACGACUCCCCUUCCCACUACUACUACUCCCCCAACAAUAGUGUUCGACACCACUACUCCAGGCAGCGUUCAGAUAGGUUUGUCCUCCACAACGGAGACUGAUCAGAGUUCAGUGGCGCCAGAAAGUAAUGCUACAGCUGGCCCUAGUAUCAAGUCUGUGCCAGAAAGUAAUGCUACAGCUGGCCCUAGUACCAAGUCCGGCGGGUCGGUAACAGUAAAGCCUCCAAGGAGAGUCCAUAAAGAGGGCAGUGGCGUGAUCAUCGCAGUCCUCAUCAUUUGCGUCCUUCUGCUGGCCAUCCUGGGAAGCGUCCUCUACUUCCUGUACAAAAAGGGCAAGAUUCCCUGCGGACGUUCAGGAAAGCAGGACCUAACAAAACAGAAGUCUAAUAAAGAUGCCAUCGUCAUGGAGAUGAAGACUGAUAAGUCAGACGAGGCCGUUCUUUUACAGGGAGUCAACGGGGAGAAAAAAACUCCCUAGUGAGCAGAGUGGAGUUACCGGACAUGCGGCUGUGACUGCUCUGCCCUGAGAGCAGAAGCAGUGUGCUCCGACCCACCGUCCAGAUGCCACUCAGGGGCCUAACCCUAACACAGCUAUCCACUCCUGCACCCCACCCCACCCAAGCCAACCCCACACACCUCCAGAUCCCACACCGAUACCCCACACAGCCCCACACAUCCACGAAACACAGUUACCCUCAUAAAUUCCUAAUGUACAACUACCAAACAUAUCUAGACGGAAUCCAAUUACCAAACACAUCUAGCCAAAUUCACCUACCAAACACAGUUACCUUCGCACACCCAUGUGUAAGUCCAGCUCCACACUCUAGAUCCACAAGCACCUAUCUGCCCUGCCAGCCAGUGAUCUACAGAAUGCUGCAGGUCAUACCCGUCCUCUGCCACUGCCCCGUGGCCCCGUGGCUCCCCCCCCCCCCCAAAUCUCUGCUCUGGCCUCUUGAUCCAGGUUGAAGCCCUGCUGCCCCACCCCCUCCCCUCCCCCAUCUCACCUCUGUGGAGAGAUGCUCUAACAGUGUUGUAGAGUUUAGUGUUAUUCCAAGAGUCCCGGUAGACCAGUUAUGCAAUCAGAAGCCCCUGGCUAUAUAAUGUAUAUAUUAUCUACUGUACAUAUUCCUGGAGAGCAGGUGACUUUAGGACAGAUUUGGUCCAGAUCUAGUGCCCAUCUGAGCCAGAUCAAGGCCAGGUGCGCGCUAUAGUCAGCUUUGAUCUGGGUUUAGAUAUUUAAAAUAGAUGAAGAACAUUUGCAAAGUGUUAUGAUCACAGAUCCAUGUUUUGAGUUCUUUCUUUCUGUUUGUUUUGGAUAUUUGGUGUUUUUUGUUUUGCUUUGUUUUGUUUUGUUUUGUUUUGGUAAGGAUAUGUUCAGAGUUGUGUAUGUGUUCGGGGUCUUUGUGUCGCCUCCUGCUGUUAAAGCUCUGUUGUUUUAGGACAAAUGUUGACAUUAAACAAGACAGCUUUGCCACCCAACUACUGUAGCGUGUGGUGGAGACAUUGGGUGACUGAAUCUGCCUUCAGUUCUAAGGGCAAAAUUCAAGGAGAUGAAUCUGACAAGAAACUGUGAUAUGAGUUAUAGAGGGAGUUCCUGUCAUUUGUAGUACUUUAUCUUAAAAUCACUGCCCUCUAGAGCACACUGUGCAAAUCAGACAAUGGCCAUUCUCAGUUUUGACAAUCAGCUGAUCUGUGUUGAAUUGCUCCCUAAUAUCACCUUUCUGCCUCAUUUGAGUGUGUGCACUGAAUCAUUUUGGAUUGUCUAUUGUAUGUUAAAAGAGAGAUCAAAACACACACACACACACACACACACACACACACACACGCACACACACACUUUGUUUCAUAGUUUCCAUAAUGUUAUAGAUUUGUUAUAGAAGUUUUGUCUACACCCCUUAGAACUUGUCCAUCCCCUUCACACAAGAGAAACAUAGAAACAUAACAGACCAAACUCUUCAGUUUUAAGGCAAAUGCGCCACCUAUUGGUGACAUAGAGGAAAGACUUAAUUUCAACUAUAAUUUUCUGUUUAGUUUUUAUGCCAUCUUAUUAUUAUUACCUGCUGUCUGUGGUGCACUGUUUUUCGUUAGUUUUUUUAACAAUAAGUCUUUAUCUUUUGGCCUUAAGUAAACUUAAGCAUUUAGCUUUAUGCAAAUUUCAACCUCUCUGUGUUUUUUAUUCUGCGUUUAAAUCGGGCAACUUGCCAGCCACCUAAAAAAGUGCUACUCCUGGGCCCAUUGCCUUUGCUCACCCUCAAGCCCCCAACCUGUCUGCACUGCAGAGCUCCUGACCAGUGUUCUGUCGAACCAGUGAAAUCAGUUGGAUGCAGCUGACUGAGGAGCUGACCCAGCCACCAGGCCUGAUUGGGGCCUACUCUGGUACGAACCAGAGCCGUAUCCGGGCCAGAGCAAGGACAGACAGGGAUCAGAUAACGUGCUGACUUAGCUGCCAUCAUGGUGUGAGUCAGAAUAUUCAUGGUGUGAGUCAGAGACCUCUUGACCUGUAUUCAGUGUUGAAGAUGCAAAUGGUGAAGUAGGUGAUGUUAUGUAGAUUUAAGUAUGUAUGUAGAUGGCACAAGAUGCAGAAUUAUCCAGAAGUCAAAGACUGCACUUUUCACAUAUGUCAUUCAAAGCACAAAUGUUCAUUAUUUGCACCUCUACACAGCAAGGAACUAUGCAUAGUUUCCCAAACAGUACAAUGUCUCAUUGCAAAGAUGAAGGCAGAGAUCCUAUUUUUAUGUUUAGCAAGUAGAGAAAAAUCAAGUCAAUACAAUAAGUCAUUUUUCAGUCAAAGUACAUCCAUUAAUCAUAAUCAUCACAUCAAGAUGAACAGUGAACGUGUUGUUAAAGACAUGAAGUCUCAGGUCAAAACGCCCAGGGGCUUAGAGCCUGAUUGUACUGACUGUUCACACAGGCUGAAGCAUGUGACUUUUGCUUGGGUUGUCCAGGUAUAUCCAAUCAAGUGAUUUUUAUACUCUUCUACUGAUUUCUAUUCUGUAUUUUUAUGUUGUGUCCAUGAGAGUUUGUGUCUAAGGCCUCUUCUUUUACUUGCUUUUUAAAAUGCUCUACUUCUGUGCCUUUACUGAAAAUAAAAUAUAAAAAU